AUGUCAAAAGCUGUGUAUAUCGCCCCAAUUGAUGGCAAACCUGGCAAGCCAGGCCAAGUAUACUACCCCCUCACCGUACGAACCGUACCAAAGCCUACCCCGCAAGGCAAGGAGCUCCUCAUAAAGCUCACAGCCGCCUCGCUGAACCACCGAGACCUCUUCCUCCGCCAACACUUAUACCCAGGCGUCACAUUCGAUGUACCACUCCUAGCUGACGGUGUAGGCACUGUGAUCAGUGCUGGGCCUGAAGUUUCGAAUGCAGAGAAAUGGAAGGCAACUGGAUACCGAAUUAUGGGUGGAACGAAGUCCUAUGAUAAGGGCACAUUGCAGGAAUUCAUCACUCUUCCUGAAUCGGAGGUUGAGGAGGCGCCGGCUCAUCUUUCUGAUGCCGAAGCUGCGGCUUUGCCCUUAACUGGGUUGACGGCUUGGCGAGCUCUUGUUUCCAAGGCUGGAGAACGCAAUUCGAAGGAUGGGGCUGCUAUUAUCGUUACUGGUAUUGGUGGUGGUGUCGCAUUGAUGGCUUUACGCUUUGCUGUGGCUAGAGGUGCUCAUGUCUUUGUGACCAGUUCGAGUGAAGAGAAGAUUCAGAAGGCUGUUGAGCUUGGCGCUUCAGGUGGUGUGAAUUAUAAGGAAGAAGGCUGGGAUAAGAAGCUCUUGUCUAUGCUUCCGGCAGGAAAGAAGAAUUUUGAUGCCAUUAUUGAUGGUGCUGGUGGUGAUUCCAUUGAGAAAGCUGUUAAGCUGCUCAAGGUUGGUGGUGUUAUCUCUAUCUAUGGAAUGACUGUCUCUCCAAAGAUGCCCUUCUUGAUGCAGGCUGUCCUGAAGAACAUCGAUGUCCGUGGCUCUACUAUGGGCUCUCGCAAGGAAUUCAAGGAGAUGGUCGAAUAUGUCAGGGAGAAGAAUAUUCAUCCUGUGGUUUCUCGAACACUUCAGACCGAGAUUGACGAUCUCGCAGGGCUUGACGGGCUCUUUGAAGACAUGAAGCAAGGCAAGCAGUUUGGGAAAUUGGUGAUUGACUUUGGAAAGACCUCAAACAGCAAGCUCUAA